CCUGCUUCUGAGGAAACCCUCCACUUGGAUAAGGUAGAGCUACAGCCAAGGACAAGGGGAGAAUGCCACGCAAGAUAGAAGGUUUCUUGUUCUUACUUCUCUUUGGCUAUGAAGCCACACUGGGACUGUCGUCUACUGAGGAUGAGGGUGAGGACCCCUGGUACCACAAAGCAUGCAAAUGCGAUUGCCAAGGAGGUGCCAAUGCCCUCUGGUCUGCUGGCGCCACCUCCUUAGACUGCAUUCCGGAAUGCCCAUAUCAUAAGCCCCUGGGUUUCGAAUCAGGAGAAGUUACACCAGACCAGAUCACCUGCUCCAACCUGGAGCAGUACGUGGGCUGGUAUUCCUCGUGGACCGCUAACAAGGCCCGGCUCAACAGUCAAGGCUUUGGGUGCGCCUGGCUGUCCAAGUACCAGGACAGCAGCCAGUGGCUAGAGAUAGAUCUGAAGGAGGUCAAGGUGAUUUCAGGGAUCCUCACCCAGGGGCGCUGUGACAUUGAUGAGUGGAUGACCAAGUACAGCGUGCAGUACAGGACCGAUGAGAACCUGAACUGGAUUUACUAUAAGGACCAGACAGGAAACAACCGGGUCUUCUACGGCAACUCAGACCGAACCUCCACGGUCCAGAACCUCCUGCGGCCCCCCAUCAUUUCCCGCUUCAUCCGGCUGAUCCCACUGGGCUGGCACGUCCGCAUUGCCAUCCGGAUGGAGCUGCUGGAGUGCGUCAGCAAGUGUGCGUGACGCCUCCUUCGGCUCGGCACCUGCCAGGUGGGGUGGAGGGCGCAGAGCAGCCUGUAGGGGAACAUUGACGCGACCAGGGCUUGAACAGCGUGACAAACAGGGCUGAAUUUUACAAGCUCUUUUCAAAGCAGAGCUGGGCAGAAAUAAUUUCUUUUUUUUAAGGUAUAGUUUCCAAUGUCAAUGAGAGAGAAAGAAAAAUGAACUCAUUCCCCACUCAGGGCCAAAGAAAAUAAGAACAAAGAAAAUGUCCCUAAAGACAAUGUUCAUCAAAAGCCUAAGUAGCAGGGGUAAUUUUCUGCUCUCGGGUUUUUGUGUUUGGCCUGACAGUGUGAAAGGUGUGGUCUCAGGGAACACAAAGGAGCCCAGAUAAUUUAAAAACCCUUUUGCUCCACCACCCUGAAAACAGGAACAGAAGUUUCAUAAAACCUUGAUUUGAACGCAAAUGGGGAGCAGGCUUGCGGUCUCUCCGGAGUUUUCACCGAAUCAGGGCCUCUCACAACUUUAGAGCGCCGUGUAUGCAGAGGGAAAGGUUUUGGGGUGACCGGGGGGCCGAAAGGCGUAGUUGGGAGCCUGUGUCCCGGUCUCCUGGAGGCUGGCACCAUCGCCCCAGGUAGGAGGGCCUCCCCUGCUCUGCGCCUUCACCCCCACGCACACCAGGACUGGGGAGCCACAAAAGCUCUCAUCACAUACAGAUCCAUUCUAGCAAAGUUUUCCAGUCUGUGGUCACUAUUUGGGUGAAUACAUGGGACGGGCUCCAUGUGGAAGUAGCAAAGUUUCUCUGUAUUUAGGAACCCCACAAGACCAAAGCACACCAGAAUUUCCCUUCAGCUAGGGCUACCAUUUUUCAACAGGAUUCACAUUUUAAAACCAGUUGGCACAGGAGCUAGAUCACUGGCUACACGGAGGAGGCCCAUCAGCUAACCACACGCUUUGCAGGAAGUGGGCAGACCGCAAGUCCUAAGAAGGGACGUGGAUACGUUUCUUGUGACCCACGGUUAAACUUCACCCCUUGCCUUGCAACACACAAAAUAGGCCUGCUCCUGAGGCUGAAACCUCCUUGGGAAGGACCGGGCCUGGCAUGGGCCUGGCCUUCCCCCUCCUGGAGGAGCUCAUGAAGCUGGGACCGUUCGGGAACAGUCUCAGUCUCCUGAGUUUUCAGGCCCUUCCCUGGGGAGAGGCUGAUGACAUGGGGAGUGGCAGGAGAGGUAUAUGAAAGUAGGAGCUGAGAGGGGGUGAAACUGGGGGAUGAGGGCCCUCCGACAAGACCGGGGAAUCCGAGACUGUCCUGGCCCUGACACAGCACAGCCUCUACUAGAGGCUUUCUCCUGAGUUACUUUCUGUUUUCAAAUGCCAAGCCGAGUGAAGACUCACACUAACAUGAUCCUGGACAUCACAUUCACCUUCUCUGUGAGGGGGGAAGCCUCCUAAAAACCCCAAAUCUCUUCCCUGGUGUUUUGGGUUUAGAACAGCUCUAUAUUUAACCCACCAUCUUUUUUUUUUUUUUUUUUUUUUUAACGUUUAUUUUGAAAGAGAGAGGAGAGAGAGAGAGGGAGAGAGCAUGCAUACGCACGCGAGCAAGCAGAGAAGGGUCAGAUAGAGAGGGAGACAGAGGGUCCGAAGCGGGCUCUGCGUGGUCAGCAGUGAGCCCGAUGUGGGGCCGAACUCGUGACCUGUGAGAUCAUGACCUGAGCCGAAGUCGGACGCUUAACCGACUGAGCCGCCCAGGCGCCCCUAACCCACCAUCUUUUUAAUCCCCCCAACUGUAUACUCGGACCUGGAAAAAUGCUUCCCUUGCUCAGUAUUCUCUCAAAUACAAACAUAUCAAAUUCGAGGUGGGGAAAAAACAAUCCUUCUCCGGCCUUUGGACACAUGAAUAAAUCCAUUUAGAGCAGACGCCUCAUCAGAGCCCCUUACUGAAAAGCUGAAUGAACUUUCAUCAUGACACAGAUUGUCAGAGAAAAUGGUGGUAGCCUAAGAGCUCAGGUCCUCUACAGUGGUCACAUCAGACACAGGAGGGGAGUACGGUUAAGAGGAAAGAAGAAAAGAAUGAAACUGUGAGGCAGUGAUAAAGGUUCUCCAACUAAUUGUUCAUGUUGGAAAUGUUUGCUUUGUAAAGGUUUAAUGAGAUAAAGUCACAUACCGUACAAAUUUCAACCAUUUCAAGUGUACAAUUCAAUGACUUUUAGUAGACUCAGAGUUGAGGAACCAUUAUCACAAUUUUAGAAAAAUUUCAUCACCCCACAGAGAAACCCCGCACCCAUUAACCAUCACCUCCCAACCUACUCGUCCCCGCAGCCCUAGGCAACCACUGAUGGACUUUCUGUCUCAGUAGAUUUGCCUAUUCUGGACACUUCAUAUAAAUGGGAUCAUUUUCUGCCUGGCUUCUUUUGCUUAGCAUAGUGUUUUUCCAAGUUUCAUUCAGGUUGUAGCAUGCACUUAAUUCCUUCUUCUAGCUGAAUAACAUUCCGUUAUAUGGAUAGGUCACAUUGUCUUUAUCCGUUCAUCUGUUGAUGGACAUUUGGGUUGUUUCUACGUUUUUGGCUAUUGUGAAUAAUGCUGCUAUAAACAUCUGUGUACAAGUUUUUGUUUGGACAUAUGUUUUUAUUUAUCUUGGGCACAUACCUAGGAGUGGAAUGCUGGGGUCAUAUGGUAACUCUACGUCUAACCUUUUUAGGAACUGUCAGACAAUUUUCCAAAGGGGCCACACCAUUAUGCAUUCCUACCAGCAACAUAUGAAAGUUUCAGGUUCUCUACGUUUGUUAUUAUCUUUUUGAUUAGAGCCGUCCUGGUGUGUAUGAAGUAGCAUCACUCUGGUUUUUGAUUUGCAUUUCCCUAGGACUAAUGAUGCUAAGCAUCUUUUUUAUGUGUUCACUGGCCUUUUGAAUAACUUCUUUGGAGAAAUGUCUUUUCCGAUCCUUUGCCCAUUUAAAAAUCAGGUGGCCUUUUUAUUAACAAAUUGUAAGAGCUCUUUAAUAUUCUAGAUACAACCCCCUUAGGAGAUACGUGCCUUGCAAAUACUUUCUCCUAUUCGGUAGGUCAUCUUCUUACUCUCUUGAUGGAGUCCUUUGAAACACAUUUUUAAAUUUUGAUAAAAAGUCCAAUUUAUUCUUUUUUGUUGCAUGUGUUUUUGGUGUCAUAUCUGAGGUACCAUUGCCAAAUCCCGAUCAUGAAGAUUUACUCCUAUGUUUCAAGAGUUUUACAGUUUUACUUCUUACAUUUAGACCUUUGAUCUAUUUGGGGUUACUUUUUGUAUAUGGUAUGAGGUAGGGGUCCAACUUCAGUAUCUGCACGUGGACAUCCAGUUGUCCCAGCACCAUUUGUUGAAAAGACUUUUUCCCCACUGAAUGGUCUUGGCAUCCUUUUUGAGAAAUCAAUUAACCAUAAAGGUGAGAAUUUGUUUCUGGAUCCUCAAUUCUAUUCCAUUAUAGGUCUACCUUUAUACCAGUACCACACAGUUGUCAUUACUGUAGCCUUUUUAGUAAGUUUUGAAAUUGGAACAGGUUAACUCUCCAACUUUGUUCUUCUUCAAGGCUGUCUGGGCUACUGAGUCCUUUGAAUGUCCAUAUGAAUUCUAGAAUCACUGUGUCAAUUUCUGCAAAGAAGCCAGCUGAGAUUUCACAUCAGAAAUCGCUCCAUACUUGAGAAUAAACAAUGAGAUACUGAGAUCCAUAAUACGUUAAUCUGUAGGUAAACUGUGUAUAACAGCAUAUUAAUUAUUUACUUCAUUUAAUUUAGAACAGAAAGUAUAAAAACAAAACUUUUAUUGAGGGGCAUCUGCAGCCUAACAGAAUCUUGCUAUUAAACACAUGAACUGUG